AUGAAAAUUAAUGAACGUUUGUAGUUCUAAUCAAAGUAAGAGGAAAUUAAUUUGGAUAAGGAGGCUUCUGAGAUUGCUUAAAGAAUCAUGGAAAAAGUUCGAUAGAGAUCUACUGCAAAUUCAGGUCAAAAGGAGUUGUCUUCUUAAUAUCUUAGAGCAAGUGAUUACAAGGCGAGACAAUUAUUUCAAAGCAAUUAAAUUGAAAUUAGAAGACAAUCUGAGAAGGUUACUAAAGGCCCAAGUCAAGAAAUGAAACGAAAAGAAGAAGCUUUUGUAUCAGAGUUUAAAGUCAGCAAAGACAAGAUGCCUUAGGAAUUGAUUCGUUUAGAGAACUAAUUAAGAAUGGGAGACUUAAAAACAUCUUUAAAAAGUCCACUUAAGCUUAAUGAAUAAGGAAUUAAUGAUGGACAUCAAAAGACAGUUAAAAUGAAUAUUAAUGAAAGUAUUGGUUUUUAAGAAUAGAAAAAUGAGAAAAUGAAGUAGAUUUAAAUUAUGUAUAAAAUUAACUUUAUUUUAGGAAUGAACAUAAUCAGUAAUUAAAUUAUCAAAUGCAUUAACUUAGCAGUAAAAGAAUUUCAUCUCCAAAGCGUGACCACUUAAAACUUGAUAGUAAUUAAUAAACUAAAUCUUCUUUGAGUUUAAAAACUACUUAAUUAUAAACUCCUGUUUCUGUCUAGUUCAAAUAAUAAGAUAUAGUUUACCAACUAUUAGGAAGCUUGAAGAAUUAAAAAAGAAAUUAAGGAGAAUAUUUAACAAAACGAUGA